CUCCUUGAGGACAGGAGCACAGUCUCCAUACCCACCUCCCCAGCAUCAGCAGCUGCCAGCCUGCCCCCAGCCCUUCCUCCACACAAGAUAAGAACCAGGGGAUGAGGUGCUGUGUCUGAUCCCCGCAGCCUGCUCGUCUUCACCCUGGGAUCAGGGACUUGCUAUGGAUGCUGAGUUUUUGGAGUGUAUGCCCUGUGUGCAGCCUGAGCUCCCCGCUGCAGAGGAGGAGGACAGCAGGGAGGGAGCUGAUGAAACUGUGGGUGAUGAAGAAGGAAGAGAGCAGCUGGAUGUGCCAGGCGACCCCGAGUCUACAGAGACCCCUCUACUGGGGGGCGAUCAGAAAGGCAUCAUAUGUAACAAUGAACAAUCUGUCAAACCCUGCAAGCAAUGGAUACCCACUAUCUACUCCUGUUUUGGGAAAGAACAUCUCUGGUAUGCAGGGUAUGAAAUUAUUAUACAGGAAUCCAUUGAAAACUACGGAGGAGUAAUCUGGCCGGCAGCAAAAGCAUUAUGUUACUUCCUUGAAGAAAAGAAAGAUGGAUUUAAUUUAAAGGACAAGAAAAUUCUGGAAAUCGGCUCUGGAACUGGUUUGGUAUCGAUUGUGGCAUGUAUCUUAGGGGCUCGCGUCAUUGCAACUGACCUGCCCGACCUACUGGGAAAUCUGAGAUUUAAUUUGUCAAGAAACACAAAAGGGCGCUGCUUGCAUAUCCCUGAAGUGCGAGAGCUGAUAUGGGGACACGACCUUCAAAGAAACUUUCCAAGUACUUGCGUGUUUGAUUAUAUUAUUGCUGCCGAUGUUGUCUACCAUCACACCUGUCUUGAUAAACUUCUGGAAACAAUGAGAUAUUUCUGCCAGCCUGGUACUCAGUUAAUAUGGGCAAACAAGUUCAGAUUCAACACUGACUUUCAUUUCCAAUCAGAUUUUAUUGGCUCAUUUGAAACAGAAGUGCUAGCAGAGUACCCCGAGUUAGAGGUGAAAAUCUUUAAAGCAACACACAAAGUAGAUUAAAUGCUUCUUCUACUGUACAUUCAUUCACUAAGAAAACAUACAAACAAAGCAAGAUAUAUAUAUAUAUAUAUAUAU